AUGACUGAAAAUCAGCACACUGUACUCAGUGAUUUGCAACAAAUUGAUGGAUCUUCGAGUCUACGUGCAAGCUACUCCAACAUUUUGCAACAAGGAAGAGAUGCAUUGGCACAUGAAGCGGAAAAUUUGGCGUUACCGCUUCAUUUGAUUGGACAAGAUCAGCACACUGUACUCAGUGAUUUGCAACAAAUUGAUGGAUCUUCGAGUCUACGUGCAAGUCGUUUUGCAGAUAUGCAGCAAACAUUUGCUGUGAAUGCUAAUCCGGCCAAUUACCGAAUUGACAGUGUCAGCUCACUCGAAACUACGGCUGAUUAUCACAUAAGCAGUAAUGAAUCGGAAUCGUUUACUGGACUAUCGAAUGCAAAUACUGCGACAUCUCAGAACCCCGAAAUUGGAGAAAUCAUCGAAGGGUCGCCUGUAGUAAAAUUAAGAAAGAAAAAAUCGGCCGCAAAUCGUUCAAGUGUUUUGGUCAAGGGUCCGAACAGUGGUGAACAAUUGCGCGAAUUAGAAGUCGAUGGUGAUGAGGUGUUGCGGUCGACGAAGAAAACGACCGACAUCAAUGAAACAGAUCUGAAUGCAUCCGAAAAGCGAAAUGCGACACAAGAUGAAAUCGAACCAGAGCCGGUUGGGAAACGUAUACAAAAUAAAUUUUUCACUCGAACCGCAGCACUUAAGAGCUACAACGAUCAAGACGAAACGCAGAACGAGUUGAUUGGGAUGGAACGGUCUUGGGUAUCGAACAAAAUUGGUCCAAUUAAAGAAACCAAGUCAAAUGAAGAAAAAUUCAAAUUUUGUCAAGAAGUCUGUCGACUUUCGAAACUGCCGCCGCCAUUGCCAUUGGACAUAUUCGAAAAAAUUGAAUGGAAUUAUGUGAAAAACUUCGACACUACGAAAUUGACACCCGGGCAAAAAUUUCAGUCAGCCACUGUACUAGCAGAUAUUCCUCGCCGCCAUGCCAAAUUUUUGUUCUGCCAUCCUGGUCCAGUGGUCGAUACUGUCUCCGGCAAUACAAAUGUUCUGGUAAAACAAGGAACUGGUAGAGAGAUGUGCACACGAUGCAUUCGCGAUCAAUUGUCAUAUAUCAUCAGUGCCAGCCAGGGCUUGUUAAACACUGAAGACUUUUGA